AUGUCCUUCAAAGUCCUCCCUCUCCUGUGUCUAGGAUUCUGCUUGGGCCACAGGAGCUUCACACGCAUGGGUGGUUACUCUCGGCCCUCCCUGUCAGCCCAACCGAGCCAUUUUGUCCCCCUGGGAGGACAUGUGACCCUCCACUGUCAUUCCAAUCCUCCGUUUACGAUAUUCAAACUAAUCCGAAGAGUUAGGAGUCACAGCUCUCAGUUCCAGAAAACCCUUUUUAGCAAAAGCGUCACCAUUGAGUCCGUGACCUCAGCACAUGCAGGGACCUACACGUGUUCUGGAGCUUACAGCUGGUACCCCACUGUGUGGUCUGCCCAUAGCAACACCCUGGAGAUCGUGGUCACAGGUGUGUUCAUAAAGCCCUCCAUCUCGGCACACCCAAGCUCCCUAGUGCACGCACCAGGGACUGUGACCCUGCGCUGCCACUCAGAACUGGUUUUUGAUAGAUUCAUCCUACACAAGAAGGGGAGCACAUGGCAUCCCUACCUUGAGAAGGAGGCCCGUUCCAAUUUCCGCAAUGCCCAGGCUGACUUCCCCAUGGACACCGUGAUGCCCACCCAUGCAGGGACCUACAUGUGCUAUGGCUCUUUUAGUGACCAUCCCUGUAGAUGGUCAGCCCCCAGUGACACGCUGGAUGUUGUGAUCACAGGAAAGUAUGAAAAGCCUUCUCUCUCCACCCAGGUGGGGUCCCUGGUGAGGAUGGGAGAGAAUGUGACCUUGUCCUGCAGCUCCAAGAUCCAAUUUGACGUGUACCAUCUGUUCAGGGGUGGGGAGGCCUGUGACCGCAUGGUUGGUAGAGGGCUGAGCCAUGAUGGAACAUUCCAGGUCCACUUUCCUGUGGGCCCUGUGACCCCUUCCCAUAGAGGAACCUAUAGAUGCUACGGCUCAUUGAAUAACUCUUCCUACGAGUGGUCAUCUCCAAGUGACCCCCUGCACCUUUCUGUCUUAGAAACCCCUAAGAGUACUUGCCCAUCACCCACAGAAUCACCCUCUGGAUCUGAAGCGCAUCUCCCUCAAGGACAGUCCAGCAGACUGGAUGUUGUCAUUGGACUCUCAGGAGUCGUCAUCUCCAUUGUCAUUUUCCUCUCUGCUCUUCUUGGUUACUGGUGUUUCAUCAAAAAUUGUAAGUCUAAAGCAGGAGAGGGUGACACCACCGUCACUCAUGUGGAGCCCAUGGGAGUCCACUUCCCAGACAGAGAGGGCCAGGCCAGGACGCUGAGAAGCUGGCAGGAACCAGCCCCUGCAGCCCACGGCCUGUCCUUCCCCACGGGUGUGUCUGGGAAGCCCUCCCUCCUCACCCUGCAGGGCCCUGUCCUGGCCCCUGAACAGAGCCUGAUCCUCCAGUGUCGCUCUGAUGUCAGGUAUGACAAUUUGCUCUGUCCCCGGAGGGGUCACUACUAUGGCUCUUCUGGGUGGUCAGAGCCCAGUGACCCCCUGAAGCUUAUGGUGACAGGUGUGUCUAGGAAGCCCUCCCUCCUCGCCCUGCAGGGCACUAUCCUGACCUAUGGACAGAGCCUGAUCCUCCACUCUGAUGUUGGCUACGACAGAUUUACUCUGUCCCAGGAUGGUGGACGUGUCCUCACUGAGCGCCCUGGCUGGCAGCCCCAGGCUGGGGUGUCUCAGGCCGACUUUCCCCUGGGCCCUGUGUGGGGCUCCAAUGCGGGUCAUUACAAAUGCUGCGGUGGAUACAACCACUCGUCAGAAUGGUCAGCCCCCAGUGACCCCCUGGAUAUCCUGAUCUCAGGACAGCUCUUUUACAGCCCCUCCAUCUCAGUGCAGCCAGGCCCCAUGGUGGCCUCAGGAGAGGAUGUGACCUUUGUGUGCCAGUCACAGAGCCUGACAGACACUUUCUUUCUGGCCAAGGAUGGGGCAGUUGAUCCCCCACUGAGACUCAGCUCAAAGUCCAGAGCUGGAUAG